AGCAGCAAGAUGGCGGACACAAUGAACAGGAGGCGCCGCUCUACAGCUUGAAUCGAGCCCUCCCUAGGGCACGACUGGACAGCUCACUCGCCCGCUCACCCGUUCCCGCCAGCCCCAACUCCGUCAACAGGGGCUGCUUGGCCGGUUCCUUACAUCCUUCCCGGUGUUGCGGGCCCGGCCGGCUCCCCUGGCUCUUGGCGGCGGCAUGAAGCUGACGGACAAUGUGCUGCGGAGCUUCCGCGUGGCCAAGGUCUUCCGCGAGAACUCGGAUAAACUCAACUGCUUCGAUUUCAGUCCCAACGGCGAGACGCUCAUUUCCAGCAGCGACGAUGACUCCAUCGUGCUUUACGACUGUCAGGAGGGCAAACCAAAAAGAACACUAUACAGUAAAAAGUAUGGAGUGGAUCUCAUCAGAUACACACAUGCUGCCAACACUGUGGUAUACAGUAGCAAUAAAAUAGAUGAUACAAUCAGAUAUCUCUCUCUGCAUGACAAUAAAUACAUCAGAUACUUCCCUGGACAUAAUAAAAGGGUUGUUGCUCUGUCAAUGUCUCCAGUAGAUGAUACCUUUAUUUCUGGGUCACUUGAUAAAACAAUAAGACUUUGGGAUCUUCGUUCUCCAAAUUGUCAGGGUUUGAUGCAUCCUCAAGGGAAGCCUGUGUGUUCAUUUGAUCCAGAGGGGCUGAUUUUUGCAGCUGGUGUCAAUUCUGAAAUGGUGAAACUUUAUGAUCUUCGUUCUUUUGACAAGGGACCAUUUGCUACCUUUAAGAUGCAGUAUGACCGAACGUGUGAAUGGACUGGUUUGAAGUUCAGCAAUGAUGGCAAGCUUUUUCUUAUAUCAACCAAUGGCGGGUUUAUCCGACUCAUUGACGCCUUUAAAGGAGCUGUGCUGCAUACGUUUGCGGGAUACAACAACAGUAAAGCUGUCACAUUAGAGGCUUCAUUCACCCCAGAUUCUCAGUUUAUAAUGAUCGGGUCUGAGGAUGGGAAGAUUCAUGUCUGGAAUGGAGAGAGUGGAAUGAAGGUAGCAGUGCUGGAUGGAAAACACACAGGUCCCAUUACCUGUUUACAAUUUAACCCCAAGUUUAUGACUUUUGCCAGUGCAUGUUCCAACAUGGCUUUUUGGUUACCAACAAUAGACGACUAGUUCUGGAUUCAUCACUUCUGCUGGACAAUUUUUGCACCAUGUGAACAGCAAUGUACUUGUAAAGAUCACAAAAGUAUUGGAAAUGCAUUACUUUGAACACACUUCUCCAGCACGUCUCUAUAUCAUACUGUAGACCAGACUCUUCAUUACUGUCAUGCAAGAGGAAUUCUUUAUUUGGCUGUGCACUGCUUCGUUGGAAAAAAAGGAUUAAAGAUUUGCCAGCAUCUCAACUGUAGAAGGAACUCAUUCCUGCUGAGCUCGUUGGCAGUGGUGCUCUAACAUAUUCUGAUUUAGAGUUGCCACAACUGAAACAUACUGAUACGUCAGUUCUCUUUCCUAGUAACUGAAUGUUACUGCUUCCUGUAAACUCCUGGAGCCCUGGGCUUGUUAAUUCUUGCAGCAUGCUCCCCAAAGCCAGAAAUUUCAACAGUAUCCAUGUUGCUCAUUCUUAAAGUGCCAUAUUUACUUACGCAACUUUUAAUCCAUAAUACAGGUUCUGGGGAAGACUUCUUUGGCUGUCUUUAUGCAGUGAGGUUUGUAUCUGCUUAACAAGAUCAGUGCCGAUGCUGCUGAAUUUUGAGCUCCCGGAAGAUCACAUAGAAUAGUUGCUCAUUUGCCCAUGGCAUCAUCUGGAACAUACAAGACACUUGAAGUGUUUCGAUGGGCAGUUCUAAGCAAUAAAGCAGUCUUUCAGAUGGAAAAUGCUCUGAAACAGACUUACUAAAAAUUUGUCCUUGUAACCUUCUUUCUGUGUAAACUUUGCUGUUAUUGUCAAUAGGAGCAGGGGCAAUCGUAUUUUUUACUAUUAGAUAUUAAAAAGUAAUCUUUGGACCAAUACAGUAUUGUGGAAUGAGUUGGGGGAGGGGGGGUUGCUUGUCUUUCAAACAACAUUCUUCCUGUUCUUCAGCAGGUACAGGUUGUACUCACUCUGGCAACUUUUUCCUCUGAGAUCUUUAUCUUAUUCAGUAUCCAGUCAUGUUGUUAGAUUAAAGUUAGCUUGGUUCUUUUUUUCCCCCAUCAAGACUUGAAUGCAGAAUCUCCAGUUGAUGCAGUUGUUUUCUUCCUUGGAUGUCUUUUGCAGAAGGAAGAGGUUAAUAUAAACAGUCUUUGUCUCCUUUCCAGGACACCAGAAGACAUCAUUAAAUUUAGCUUUUAAUACUGUUUAAUAACUUAGGGGCUAAUGAUACUGAUGCUACAGUUGUUACUGUUUAAGCAAGAACAAGUGUAAUGCUUUGUGCUCUAAUAGGGUCCAUCCCCCUUCAAGCCUCUGUGCUUACUGAGUUCUCCCCAGUAUUCUCCUAAGGAACCUAGGCCUCUUGGGCUAUACCCUGGCUUUCCAGAGAUUCCUGCAGGCAGAAGCUAUGGAUAAAUGAAGUAUUUUUUCUGGCAUUAUUAAUGUAUAUUGCAUCAUUCAGAGUGCCAUGCCUAAGCUAGUAUAAGGAAUAUGCCUGUUUGGGUUUGAUCUGUCUAGUAUUGUAUAUGGUGCAGUAGUAUCUUGCUCUGCAGUGAUAAUCAUAUGCUGAAUGUUUCCUGAUUUUGCCAGGGAGGGAGCUCCAGCUAAGGAGCUUUGUCUCAGUUGCCUAGCUCCUUGCCUGCAGGCUUCUGCUACACCAGUUCUAAGUCCAAAAGAAAGAAUAAGACUGUUGGAUGCAACAUCAAGACUCAAGAUGAAAUUAUUCUUAGUUGUGAAUGAUCCUGAAAGUGAUUCAUUUUAAGGUGCUCCCUCAAGCUGGUGGUGUUCUUUCCUCUGGGCGAUUAGGAUCUUAACACUUUGCUAUGUUUUGGUUAUACCACCUUAUUUUCUAAAAUAAUAGUUUUUUUCUUCAAGUAGAUUGCCAUUUUUUUGGAGCUAGUUAUGGAUGAAAUGUAUCUUUUACUGGGAUUAGCUUCAAGAAAAGCAAUUUUUUAGAAGAGAAACAAUCCUUUAGAAAAGCAUUGCUGGAAAAUGCAUGGUCUACAGCUUAUGCAUCUUUAAGUUGCACAUAGCAUUUGGUGUACUUUAGUGUGGCCUUAACGCUUUCAGUCAAAAAUAAAUUACAGUAUUAGAUGUAAUGGAGCACUGCUAAUUUUGUAUAAAAUGUGUAGUGUUUGUUGGAUGUUUUCUUCACUGCUGUAUACUUUCAAAGAGCAGAAGAAAUUAUUUUCACCAUUUUUAAGAAUAAACAUGAAUUACUUUGCUGAAGAGGUUGCAAAAGUAAAGUUAGUGUUUUUGAUGAAGAUCUGAAAGCUGAGGCAGGGCUUCCAAUGAACCAAGACCAUUUGGGCCUCAGAAACACAAAGUACUAUCUUCUAAUCUCAGUGUGGCCCCCUUAUGUUCUCCAGCAUUUCUUGAUGUAUUUACAGGCUGCAAAUGUCCUACUGGGUCACUAGGUAAGCUGAGUCCAUGUUGAUCAAACAAUACUAGGCAAAAGUGGCUGACUCUAAUGGUUUUUGCUUUUAAUGUAUAAGAAUGAAUGUUAGCCUCUUUCCAGGCUUCAGCAUGAACUUUUAUGCCAUAUCAACUUGUAUUGGACUAUAAUUACAUGUACUCUUUUCUGCUUGUUUACCAUAUCACAAAUUUUCAUUUUUGAAAAUGUAUUUAAAGCUUUCUUAUAAAAUCUAAGGUAGAAGCAUCUACUCCUGGGGAGUGGGGAGAAUGCCCAAUUGCCUUGUUCCAAAGUGUCCUUGAAUACACAGAUUCAUAGGGAAAGCCAUAGGAGUCUGCUUCUACCACUAAAAAAGAAACUAACAAGUAAAACUAGUCAUACAAAUAACAUCUGUAGCAGCUGCAAUUCUUUGGGAUUGUGAACUAAGGUUGCAAAUCUUAUCCAUGUUACUUAGAAGCAAGUGCAUGGACUGAAUUCUGAGUAAACCGGCAUAGGAGUGGGAAAAUCUCAUGCAAAUGCAAAUUUCAGAGAUUACCUUGCCUAAAAAUAAAAAUAUGUUAGUGAAUUGUUGUGGCAAAAAUGUCAUAGUGAACUACAUUUUUUGUGGUUGUAAAUGAAAAUAAGGUUUUGUAGCUAGGCUUUCAUAAUGUUAAAUUGUAUUGAUCUUGUACAGUGAGACUUCCUGUUUCAGCAUUCACAGAUAUAAUGAAGGGAGGGGAGCAAGGCCAGCAUUCUCUGAGGUCUUAAAAUAAACUGGAAACCUUGAAA